AUGGAUAAUGACAAGUCAAAGUCGCCACCUCGUUAUAAAACGCGGGUUUCGAACAGAAAUAGCAAACCUUACAAACCACAAGCACACACACCCCCAGUCAAAAAGAAAUUAUUGCUCAACAAGCCCAAAUCGCUGGCUGAAAUGACAGAAAACCAACCAAAAUCGGAACCGUUGAGGACUAUUGAUGUCGGGAGUUUUGUGUUAGCAAGAGGGGUUGAAACGAAAAAAUUUGAAGAAGAGAUCAAAAGAUUCACCGGCAACAAAACAGUGCCACAGUCAGUCCCAAGACAUUUAAGACGACGACAAGCUUCACACAAUUCUUACGUCCUCCCACAUCGACUUAUAAAGGCCGCAAUUGCUGAAAGAGCUAGAAAUGAAGUUCUCAAAGGAGAUAAGACUGCGGCACAACAAAUGCAGAAGAAACAACGAAGAACAAGAAGAUCUUUGAGACGCAACUUUAAGACGUUUUCAUGGGGAAAAAGCGAGUUCUUGAUGACGCACGUGUGGCACGCGAAGCGGUCUGUGAUGACCAAAAUAUGUGGAGUACGUGUUGCUCUUCGAAGGAAUGAGAAGUGCAAGAGAAUAGUAUUUGCGCGCGAGAGUCGUGCGAUGAUCAGCGAUGAGAGCUUCUUUAUUUCCUUUGUUUUUACAACUUCAGAAGAAUGCAAAGCCAAAUUAGAAGCCAUUUUUAUGAAGACGGAGACAGAGAAGAAUGUUUUUCAGAAGUACGAGAGUCGUGUGUGGGUUGGUGUUUCCAAUGAAUUUGGUCCAUUGAAACUGAUACUUGGGACUUCACAUAUUCUCAUCAUUGCACAUCCAAUAGUAAAGGAUGACAUCGAAUUAACACUUAAAAAUAAUGGAAUUCAAUAUGAAAUUAAACGUCUUGGGUUAGUUAAAGUUGUUGGGAAGGAGAGUGUCAAGUUAUUGAAUCGUUCACUUGAACUUGUGAAAAACAAGAAUUUGAUCGAUAGACUGUCCCUUUUACCUUCUGAAAACAUCCCAGAAAAGAGUGUUAUUGUUUUAACUGGUAAAAUGAAAGACACUUUCAAUCCCCUCUCACUCUAUUCAUUUCCUCUUCAAUCGAAAAACACUUCUCGACAGGACAAAACGACCUUUCAACAACUGAAAACACACAAAGAGCUCUUUUCCCUCGAAACUCCCGAAGAAGUGAACGACACAAUCGAGAAACUUAUUACACAAAGCGACAUCACUGGUUUCAAAGAGUUUAAAGACUUCAAACCCGCAACACUUAAAGACGACUUUCCUCUUCUUUUACUUGGGAAUAAAGUGAAUUGUACAGAUGGGAGUAAAUUUGGUUCGGGAUGUUAUUUGGUAGUCCCAUAUCCACUCAUGUUGCCAAUAUGGAGAAGACUGGUAUGGCACGGCGGGUACUCCAUCGAAAUCGAAGAGCAAAGUUACUUGACGUACGAAGCGGGCAAUUUAGUCUUCCCCGACGACUUUGUGUGGACCAAAUAUGGACAAGAAUCAGCCAAAGCCGACUCUAUCAAGUUUGAAGAAAUUCAGAAGAAGCGCCCGAAUGGGAAGAAAUUUAUGACAGAGAAGUUUAAAUUAGAUGGUGAAAGUGCGAUGGAUUUGAAGUGGGAUGGUCUGACUGAGAUCCGACGAGCAAUGUUUUUGAAAGAAGAACAGAAGAUCUUUGAUGGAUUUGAUCCCACUCAAAAGAUCUGCAAAUUUGAAAUCAGUGGAAUUCACGGAAGACCAGAAAAGUAUUGUGUUAUAGACUUACCUUCUGACGAGGAAUUGAAGGAGUUUGAAACGGAAAUAGUUGUCAAGCGUAAGCCACAAUAUCACAAAGGUGUUGGAAGAGUCAUUAGAGGUGGAUACUCCCUUGGAAGAGGAUGUGGCUAUGGAAUUGGGUUUGUCUAUAUGGAGGAGUUGGUGAAGAGGGUAAAUGAGAACAAAAAACUGAUUCUUGAAAACGGAAGUGUGUUGGUCACAUUUAGAAACGUUUUUUCUGAGAAUUUGAGACUUGGAGUCCUUACGUUAUUGCCUUGA